AUGAAAGUCAAUCAAAAUAAUUGUGUUUCUGUGGUAAACAUCCCAGAGUAUGUUGCAAAAUGUGUUUGUGGUUUUGAUUACAAUCCAGCUUUGGAUUUGUAUGCAACGUUUAGUUUCGAAGAUGGUAUAUCAGUUUGGGAUCCCAGUGAUGGACAAGUUGUUGUCAGAUUUGAAGACUCGGAUGAAAUCCUCUCUUUCCUGCUCUUUUUACCGGGAAAUCGCCUUGCUAUGAGCUCUUCGUGCCCAAAUCAUGGAGGCACCAUCGAAAUCUGUACUUUUGAGGAAGACAAAUCUAUGUCUGAUAAAUUUGAGAUCGAUUCUAAAGAUCUCCCCCUAGAUCUACCAGGAGCCAUUGCUUUGUCUCCAGGAGGGAAUAUUCUUCUCUCUGGGGAAAUUUAUGGAGAUCUUUUCGAAAUCUUCAUUGAUUGGGCUAAUUCAAAAGUUCUGAAAUCAAGAGAAAUUGUUUUUCCAAACGAAGGGACCGUGGUAAUCGAAGAAGAUGUGACAACAGAACUACUUUCUUGCUCUCAGGAUUUCGGUGUUGUACAGUGCAACUUUCAUCAACCUCACUUCGAAUCCGCCUCUUUCUACGAAUUGUUAGCUGCAAAAGUAAAUUUACACAUUGAAGGGGAGGCUCAGAUCCAGGGUCAUGAGAAAAUCACAUAUUAUGUGCUUAAUGGAGAAGAAAAACGAAUCUCACCGCACGAUUGUCUUGGUGGACUUGUUCACGAUGGACAAAAUCUUAUCAUUGCAAAUGGAGAUGAAAUUGUGUUGUUGGAGUCAGCAACAGAAGGGAGCAAUGCACAUGUGAUUGCAUCAGGAGUUAAACCUUCACAAAUAAGGAUAAACCAUGAAGGCCAAUUGAUGGUCUGUGAGAAAAACACCAUCAAGUUGUUUGAAUACAAGAAUGAAGUCAAGUCACUGCAGAGAUUGUGCCGACAUAAUAUCAGAGAAACAAUUGGCACUAAUUGUGCUGAAAGAGUAAAAAAUUUAGAAAUUUCAUCUUUACUGAAAGAUUACCUGAUGUACAAAAUUAAAUGAACCAUAAAUGUGUUUAAAAUACUGUAUCUACAUCUGUUUUCCCAAUAAACAGAUUAACUACCAUUUUCAAAAUAAAAAUUACUCUUAAUUAGUCUGUUUCAGGUCAUUAAAUUGUGGAGAUGUGCCUAAGAGUGGGAUAAGCAACAAACAACUGAUGUGGUCAUCACAGAAAUGAUCCCUGCUAUUUUUUGUACACACACUAUUUUACUUGUUUCCAGUAAUCAUAUGGCUGGCAGGAGUCACAUUACUCUCUUCACUUACCACAAAGGCACAGAAAUAAUUGUUUUAAAACUGAGAGAAAAUUAAAAAUGGUUAUCUUGGGGUGCCCUCUUGACCUGGUGUUGAGCGCACAUAGCAAUAACCAUUAUGACAGUUUUAAUGAAGUGUUUUUGAGCUUGUUUUAUAAACAUGACUUUACCUCCUGUGUUAUUUUGUAUUUUCAGUACUCAAAUAAAAUCAAGUUUUUCAUAAAUUCUCUUUCCUUCCCUCAUAUUAUGCUCAAUCCCUUUAGUCUGUCCUAAGCCAUGUUCAUUAAAUACCACACAACUGUUUAAGCUUGGGGAAAUAUAAGGUAAAUGAAUGGACUACAACCCAGUUGACUUUCUCAUAUCAUCAAUAUUUUGGAGUAGACCUUUCCCCAAACAGGUGCUCACAGGACACCAAAGGAAAUAAGUUGUACAAAAUCAAUAUUUUCCACAAUCAUUGAAUAAGUUAGUUACUAACUUAGAUUACUGAGAAGAGGAAACUACUCAAAACAUUUUGCCAUUUUAGGUCGGGUCAUAAUGACCACAUGGAUUUUCUAAGUCAUUUCCCUUUCAUUCCAAUCAUUUAUUUGACCUUCAGCCACACAUAGACAAAAAUGAAAGCAAUGUAGAAAUCAUAUCCUGUUCCACGCCAUUUUGUUCCGUAUCCCUCAUUUUGCGUUCCUUAUUCCAUAUUUCUUAGUCUUUGCCCAUGUGACCAAUUAAGGGGCCUGCAGUACCUGAGAAAGUGAGGCACAGAGUGCUCCUGAGGGUUAAGUACCAAUAUUUCACACCGUAAAGCUACCAGUUGGAAGAUGAGAGUUAUCCCAAACAACUGUGUUUCUGAAAUUAAAUACCCAGAGAGUAUAGCAAGGGCAGAUGGUGUUGAUUAUAAUCCAGUUUUGAAUUUGUUUGUAACGUUCAAUUAUAGCUACGAUGGUGCAUGUGUUUGGGAUUCCUCCACUGGAAAAGUCUUAGCUAGAUUCGAUGAAUUAGGUGAAAACUUCCGUGACGUGCUGUUUUUACCAGGAAAUCACCUAGCUGUAAGUUCGUCAGAGGCACAUCACGGUGGCUGCAUAAAGAUCUGUUUCUUUGAAGAUGGCAAACCUGCCUCUAUUAAAUUUGUAAUUGAUUCCGAAGAUCUUCCCGUGGAUUAUCCAGGAGCCAUAGCUUUGUCUCCCGAAAGGAAUCUCCUUGUCUCUGAAGCAUUUAAUGGUGGAGUUCUCUACGAGGUAUUAAUAGACUGGGAUAAUUUGAAAGUUCUGAAAUCAAGAGAAAUUAUCCCCUCAACAGAGGAAAGCGUAGAAGAGCAGAUAUUACAGCUUUCCUGUUCUCAGAAUUUCGAUGUUGCAAGGUUUGAUAUUUCUUCCGAUGCAAUAUUAGUUGCAAAAGUGACCGAAUUUAGCACUGAAGGGAAGGCACAGACCCAGAAGCAAGAGGAAAUCACAUAUUAUGUACUCGAUGGAGAAGAAAAACGAAUCGCAAGCAAUGAUGGUUCACAUAUACUUGGACUUGCUCAUGAUGGACAAAACCUAAUCAUUGCCACAGAAAAUGAAAUUGUAUUGCUGGAGUCAGCAACAGAAGGUAGCAAUGCACUUCUUAUUGCAUCAGGUGUAAAACCUUCUGGACAAAUAAAGAUAAACUGUGAAGGCCAAUUGAUGGUCUGUGAAAAAAAUGCAAUCAAGUUGUUUGAAUACAAGAAUGAAGUUAGGUCACUUCAAAGUUUGUGCCGGUAUUACAUCCGAGAAGCUAUUAGCACUAAUUUUGCUAGAAAGGAAAACAAUUCAAUAAUUCCAUCUUCACUGAAAGAUGAUGAUGACAAUGCUGAUGAAGGGGAUGAUGGGGAUGAUGAUGAUGAUGAUGAUGGUGACGAUGACGAUGAUGAUGAGGAUGAAAUCAGAGAACCAAUUCAUACUUACUAUGCCAAAGUAGUACACAAAUUAAUUAUUCCUUCCUCACUGAAAGAUUACCUGCUGUACAAAUCAAACUGA